CGCUGGUUUGGGGGUCUGGCAGCAAUGAGGCGGAGGCGCUCGUCUGUGAAGCACAUGAGGGAGGGAUCCAACGCCUUACCGUGGAUCGCGCCCGGGCCGCAGCGCGAACGCGCACACGGCGCAGAAAGCUUGGAUAGAGAAAAUCUUUUAUAAGAGGGAAUGUGUCCAGAUAUUUCCCAGCAAAGAACCAAACAGGUGCAGCUGUGGUCAGCUGGUCAACAAGCAUGUGGCCAUCCCUCCUGGCAAGACCAGCGCGGAGGAGAACAUGCAGGUGGACAUCCUACAGGAGAAGUGGAGCGUAGCCAAACACACCCAAGCCUUCCCCACAGACGCCUACGGCACCCUGGAAUUUCAGAGCGCAGGUCACGUCAACAAGACUAUGUACGUCCGGGUUUCCUAUGACACCAAACCUGACAGCUUGCUGCAGCUGAUGAUUAAGGACUGGCAGCUGGAACUGCCCACACUGCUCAUCUCUGUCCAUGGAGGCCUGCAGAACUUUGACCUUCAGCCCAAACUGAAGCAGGUCUUUGGAAAAGGUCUGAUCAAGGCUGCCGUGACCACAGGGGCAUGGAUCUUCACCGGUGGAGUCAGCACUGGGGUGGUCCGCCACGUUGGAGACGCGUUGAAAGACCACUCCUCGAAAUCGCGAGGGAAGGUCUAUGCGGUGGGCAUCGCCCCCUGGGGCAUCGUGGAGAAUAAGGAGGAUCUCAUUGGGCGAGAUGUGACUCGGCCCUACCAGACCAUGUCAAACCCCCUCAGCAAGCUGUCGCUGCUCAACAACAGCCACUCCCACUUUAUCCUGGCUGACAACGGCACCCACGGCAAGUACGGCGCCGAGGUGAAGCUGCGCAGACAGCUGGAGAAGCACAUCUCCCUGCAGAAGAUCAACACACGACUGGGUCAGGGCGUACCAUUGGUCUGUUUGAUUGUGGAGGGGGGCCCCAAUGUCAUCUCCAUCGUGCUGGAGAGCCUGCGAGAGGACCCCCCCGUACCCGUGGUGGUAUGUGAUGGCAGCGGACGAGCCUCCGACAUCAUCUCCUUUGCUCACAAGUACUCAGAGGACGGAGGGGCCAUCAGUGAGAACGCGAAGGACCAGCUCCUAGUCACUGUUCAGAAGACGUUCAACUACAACCGCAGCCAAGCUCAGCAGGUCUUCCUGAUGAUCGCAGAGUGCAUGAAAAAGCGAGAACUCAUAACGGUGUUCCGCAUGGGGUCAGAGGGCCAGCAGGACAUCGAGAUGGCCAUCCUCACAGCCCUACUGAAAGGCACCAACGCGUCGGCUGCGGACCAGCUGAGCUUAGCGCUGGCCUGGAACAGGGUGGACAUCGCACGCAGCCAGAUCUUUGUCUACGGACACCACCUGCCAGUAAACUCCCUUGAGCAGGCCAUGAUGGACGCCCUGGUGCUGGACCGCGUCGACUUCGUCAAACUGCUGAUCGAAAAUGGGGUCAACAUCCACCAUUUCCUCACCAUUCCACGCCUGGAGGAGCUGUACAACACGAGGCUGGGGCCAACAAAUACAUUACAUUUUGUAGUGAGAGACGUUAAAAAGGGGAACCUGCCGCCGGAUUACCAGAUAACGCUGAUCGACAUUGGCUUGGUGCUGGAGUUUCUCAUGGGCGGGGCUUAUCGCUGUAAUUACACGAGGAAGACCUUCCGGACGCUGUACAACAAUCUGUACGGGCUGAAGAGGGUGAGCGCCACCACAUGCAUAAUGUCGGUAUUACAUUGGAGAUCUGGGGACCGGCUGUUCAGUUUAAUCGCUCUACUUUUCGACACCAGUAAAAUCCACUUGAUAAGACAAAUCUCGUAAAAAUUUCCCCAGGACGAUGAGCCACGCCCUAAAGGCAAGAAAAAAAUAAAGAAGAAGGAGGAGGAGAUCGAUAUCGACAUUGAUGACCCGGAGGUCAGCCGAUUUCAGUACCCCUUCCAUGAGCUCAUGGUGUGGGCAGUGCUUAUGAAGCGUCAGAAGAUGGCGCUCUUCCUUUGGCAGAGGGGGGAGGAGGCUAUGGCCAAGGCUCUUGUGGCAUGCAAGCUCUACAAGGCUAUGUCCCACGAGUCGUCCCGCAGUGAGCUGGUGGACGACAUCUCCCAAGACCUCGAAAACCAUUCAAAGGAGUUCGGACAGCUGGCCUACGACUUGCUGGAACAGUCCUACAAGCAUGACGAGCAGGUGGCCAUGAAGCUCCUCACGUAUGAGCUGAAGAACUGGAGCAACUCCACAUGCCUGAAGCUGGCGGUGGCAGCCAAGCACCGGGACUUCAUAGCUCACACGUGCAGCCAGAUGCUGCUGACAGACAUGUGGAUGGGCUGCCUGAGAUUUGGCAAAAAUCCAGGUCUGAAGGUGAUCCUUGGCAUCAUUUUCCCACCCUUGAUUUUGUUCUUGGAUUUUCGUAUUGGAGAAGAGUUAAAAGAAGCCUCUGGAAACAAUGAGGAUGGAAAAGAGAGGGAGGAUGACACCAAAUCCAGCAAGGAUGUCAAUGCUGAUCUGAUAUCCAAAAAGGAUGAUGAGGAGGAAGGUGACAGCAAACAGAGGAGAAUUCCCAUUGGAUUGAAGAUUUAUGAAUUCUACAAUGCCCCAUUUACCAAGUUUUGGUUUAACACCAUUUCAUACCUGAUGUAUUUGAUGCUGUAUAAUUACAUCAUCCUGGUCAAGAUGGAGCGCUGGCCCUCGUUGCAGGAGUGGAUCGUCAUCUCCUACAUCAUCACCCUGGGGCUGGAGAAGGUCCGCCAGAUCCUGAUGUCCGAACCUGGCAAACUAAGACUGAAGAUUAACGUGUGGUUGGAGGAGUACUGGAACAUCACAGACCUGGUGGCCAUCUCCACCUUCCUGCUGGGGUUGCUGCUCAGGCUGCAGACCGAGCCCUACAUGGGCUAUGGCCGUGUUAUCUACUGUGUGGACAUCAUCUUUUGGUACAUCCGUGUCCUGGACAUCUUUGGGGUCAACAAAUACCUGGGACCCUAUGUCAUGAUGAUAGGCAAGAUGAUGAUCGACAUGCUGUACUUCGUGGUAAUCAUGCUGGUGGUGCUCAUGAGCUUCGGCGUGGCGCGGCAGGCCAUCUUACACCCGGAUGAGGAGCCCACAUGGCGCCUCGCACGCAACAUCUUCUACAUGCCCUACUGGAUGAUCUACGGAGAGGUGUUUGCGGAUUCCAUAGAUCGUAAGACUAGAAUUCAUAGUAAGAUUCUGUUUCCUGUUUCAAGGACGGAUGAUCAAUUCUGGUAUUUGCUCGUUCACAUCCAUGCGCCGCUGGUCACGCAAACUUAUGCCUCCUUAUAUUCUGCUACAGCUCCGUGUGGCGAGAACAUGUAUGAUGAGGACGGGAAGAAGCUUCCCCCCUGCAUCCCCGGGGCCUGGCUCACCCCCGCCAUCAUGGCCUGCUACUUACUGGUCGCCAACAUUCUCCUAGUGAACCUUCUCAUCGCUGUGUUCAACAAUACCUUCUUCGAGGUCAAAUCCAUAUCCAACCAAAUCUGGAAGUUCCAGAGAUACCAGCUGAUCAUGACUUUCAACGACCGGCCAGUCCUUCCUCCCCCCCUCAUCAUCUUCAGCCACAUCUACGUCCUGCUGAAACAUCUCUGCUGUCGAUGCAGGAAGAAGACGGAAGGGGAAUUGGACGAGCGUGAUAAGGGGCUAAAGCUUUCGCUGAAUGCCGAAGAGCUGAAGAACCUUUAUGAGUUUGAGGAGCAGUGCGUGGAGGAGUAUUUCCGGGAGAUGGAGGACAAGGAGCAGUCAUCCAACGAUGAGCGCAUCCGAGUGACGUGUGAAAGGGUGGAGAACAUGUCCAUGCGUCUGGAGGAGGUGAACGAGCGGGAGCACUCCAUGAAGGCGGCCCUGCAGACCGUGGACCUGCGCCUGGCACAGCUGGAGGAGUUCUCUGGCCGCAUGAUGAACGCGCUAGAGAAGCUGGCUGGGCUGGAGAAGGCGGAGCCAGCUUACACGCACCCAGGGUACCCCUCCGCCAGAGAACCUUCCGGGCUGCUGCGGCACAGCAGCAUCAACAGCGCCGAUGGAUACAGCCUCUACCGCUACCACCUGGAGGCCGAAGAUCGCGCCCAGGAGGAGCGGGACGCCGGCGAGAGGCGGAGCUUCCUGGCGCCCGAGAGACAGAGCAGCCUCCUGUGCGCCACUCCGACUAUGUCGGCCAAGGAGUACGGCCAGAUGCUAGAUGUCACCGCCCCGGUGGAGAAGAGACUCCACAGCGCCUCCGUUGAUAUUUUGAUCUCUCCUUGUGAUCAGACGAGCGGUGAUUCUGACAGACGUAAUGCUGAGCCCUCCAAGUCGACGGAGCUCGGCGAGUCUGCGCUGGAUGCCAUGCUGGCGAAUGCAGGAGUGACAACUAAGAAGGCUAAACUGGAGGCGGCGGUCUCCUACCCGCUGGAGAAGUGUGUGGCCGUGUGCUACUAUCCUUCCGAUUCCUCGAAUGGUGUCCUCCCUUCCAUCGGGAAGUGCCAAAGCAGCAUCAUCCUAAACCCAGUAGGGGGGGAAGACAAGAGCAGCUGGGCCAAGGACUACGGCACCUUCGUGGAGCAGGCCAGCAGGCUGCCAUCGUCAGGCCGGUGGGGCCCCUGCUUCGAAUAUAAAGUGCAUCCCAGCCUCUUCGGCCGCAUUCCCAAAGUGUCUGUCCUGCAGCGUCCCGCCAAGUCAUUCGCCGACGGUGAGGAGCAGUUGGCCAGGGCCCGAAAGGAACACAAGAGCAGAACAGAAACGCACAGACACCAAAGCGUCAAUGACAGGGACCACCUGUUAGCGGCCGAGGACAGGAUGUACCCACCUCUCAGGUCAAAGAGCUUGAACACCAAACCCCAGAAGGGGAGAUCUUUGGGGGACAGCAUGGAGAAACCUAGGGCUGCCUCCAGUGUGAAGGACAUUUGGGGGGCGUGUGAUAGUUCAGUGGGUGAGGGAGUAACAGGUCAUGUGAAAUUAGGGCCAAAAGACGCAGUGAACGCUGAGACAGACUGCUGACAGUGAAUUCACCCGCAUGGCUCCACAACAUAAGCACUGGUAUCCUCUGUAUAUUAGUCUAAAGUCAAUCAAUAAUCACCUCGUCUGGCAUGCUGUUCUGUUCGGCUUAGAAAGCAUCAGGGAUGGAUGAAUAUCGUUGUGAAGUUAUAUUUCAAUGUAUUAGUUGAGCUGGUAAAAAAAAUGUAACAACCUAUAUUACAUAGUAUAUAUUUUACAUGGUUUGUUCUUAAGAGAUUUUAGUAACUAGGUGGCCGUCGCCGUGGCAAACAUGCUGAGCACUAGCAGGACUGGAGCAAGAUCACAUGUACGAUCAAACACACAAACGUACGUUCACGCCAAUCAGAGACCAAGGAAAUAAAAAAAAACGCUUCAAGAUGCUACAAAAAAGUAGAAAUCUAUCACGGUUUUUUUUUUUUUUUUUUAAAUCAGUCCAGCACACAGUUAGAAUGCCAUUAGGAAUCGGAAGGAAAGAACAAUAGGGCCCCCUUAACUAAAGCUGUUUGGGCUCCUAAAGAUAGGGAUAGCAAUAUAGAUAGCGUUAGCGAUAGGGAUACGGAUAGCAAUAGGGAUGGGGAUAGCAAUAGGGAUAGCAAUAGGGAUAGCAAUAGGGAUGGGGAUAGCAAUAGGGAUAGCAAUAGGCAUAGGGAUAGCGAUAGGGAUAGCAAUAGGGAUAGGGAUACGGAUAGCAAUAGGGAUAGGGAUAGGGAUAGCGAUAGGGAUAGCGAUAGCACCACGAGGAGAGGCAGGACC